AUGGAGCAAAGGGAGGAAGAAUCAAUUGAAGGCACGAAUCGACAGAGAACCAUACGGAAGCACCAAUUGGAGCCGCAAAUCGAUGGAGAAUCGGAAGGAGGAACGAAUCGGUGGGGUGAAUCGGCGGUGGCGGCAGAGGAAGCGCAAAUCGAUGGAGCAGGAGCAGCUGGACAGAGACAGCACGCCACCACUGUGUAUUCCAGGUAUUUCAUUGUAAUUGAUGACAUGCGGUCAGAUCAAUGGAGUACUAUAAAGUCUGCCUUUCAUCGAGAUAAUGGUGACGAUACUUUGGACAGAAUGCAUCAGGUGCUGAUCCAUGACUACACCAGUCUGCCUAGCCAUGCUCUCAAAGCUUGCUUUCUGUAUUUUGCUAUGUUUCCAAGUGAUCAUCCAGUAAGGGCGAAAAGGCUAAAGAGGCAAUGGUUAGCUGAGGGAUUUGUGCGGCCAACAAAUUUAUGCACUAACCUUGCAGCUGAAAAUUUCGAGAAGCUCUUGGACCAGCACAUCAUCAAACCCAUUGAUGUGAGCAACAACACAAUUGUGAAAACAUGCAAAACUUAUGGCAUGAUGCAUGAGUACAUUACGCUCAAGUCUCUCUAUGAAAACUUCGUCACUUUGUUUGAUGGAGGGGAGCUCCAACCUAAAAAUGCCCGUCGUGUUUCUCUCCGUCACAACACUAUUACAGAUGGUGCCACUUUGAACAUUGAUCUCUCUCUUGUCAGAUCUCUGAUAGUAUUUGGGGAGGCAGGAUUUCUUGUAGACGAAAGUGACGGAUUUGCAGAACUUAUGGGUCAUAUGAAAAAAUUGCGGAAGGUAAAGAUCUGGUGUGAGUCAUCUGCAACUAAUAGUAAAUUGACCACUCUUCAGAAGGCCAUACAGGAGUUCAUUCAUGACGACAAGGAUGCAAGCAAUGAUCCUCGUUCUUUGUCACUCCAUUUGGACGGAUGCUCUGAAGACUUUCGGAAAGAAUUGAAAGCUCCCUGCUAUCUCAGGUCGCUGAAAUUACAGGGCAGGUUACUGGAACUCCCUGGGUUUGUCAUGGCACUGCGCCGACUCAGGGAAUUAUGCCUUCAGUCAACUAAACUUACAGCAGGUCUUCUCUCAGAUUUGAUAAACUUGAAGCCUCUGCAGUACCUGAAGCUGAUUGCUGAUGAACUUGAAGAAAUGACCAUUAAGAACAAGGCAUUGCCAAGGCUGCUCUGCCUAUGUUUUGUGCUGCAGAAUCCAACAUUCCCAAAGAUCAAGAAGGCGCCUUGCCAUUUCUUGUAUCUCUUCAGCUGCUUUAUAAAGAUAUGGAUGGCCUCUCUGGAAUCCAGAUUAAAGGUUUCACACGACUGA